AGAGAUGACACAAUCGAAGCUUUGGCUGUUUCUGAAGAAGACAUCAGAGUUACAAUUUCAGACAUUGCAACAAAUGAAUAAACUUAUGCUAGAGAAGAAGCCACAAGAAACUAAUAACACGAAACCUUCGUUGCCAAGGUUGCUGCCAUCGAUGAUGUUAUUGAAGCUAUUGAUGAUGCUGCCAAACUCAUCCAACAUUUGAGCUUAGGUGCUUCAUUUGUCUAAGUUAAAUCAAAGUA